AUGUCCGCGCCUACGCUGCCUGAUGUGGAAACAAGCUCCAGCCCCGACGUGCAACAAGCAUGCCAAGAUGUCGGUCUAUCCCAGGUUGCUGACCAGGAACUCGCGCCUGUCCAGGAUCCCCCGUCUCACCUGCUGGCUCAAGUCCUCCCAAAUGGAAGACAGCCGCACCUAUCACCUGACAACAUGAUUCCGAUUCGGCGCCAGGCCCACAACCAGACAUCAGCCGAAAGCCCCAAGGGUGUGAUGCACACUGAGACUACUAUCCCACCAACAGAUCCGGCUGAUAAACUGCUCCAUCGCCCUUCAGUCAAUAUCGAGUCUCAUCAACGUGUACGUCAAUUCUCUCAUCAAGCCAACCGCCAGUCCACGAUAGAUUUCGAUCAACCCCAGAUCGCUACGCGCGUCGGUAGACCUACAGGAAAGAACCAAGAUGGAGAUCUCGAGAAAAACGCAGCGUACGCUCUGCCUGCGCCAGAAGAAAAUUUGUUCAGUGAACCCUCCUUAAACGUUGUUGACGUGCCACUUGACGGUAGCGAAGCUACCCUCGAACUUCUCGUGAAUGAUGCAGCAGAAGGCAUCGACACAUCAUUGCGAGCUCUGAGGCAGCAUCCAGAGAAUGUCGCAAGAAUCUUUGACUUCACCCCUCACAUGGAACUGUAUAAGAACCCAAUUCAGCAAAGUUUGAUCAGGCAUUUCGACGACGCAUACUGCAGUCCCCAUGUCGACUUGAGCUUGAUGGUCUCGGACCUCGACUCCUACUACGGGUCCAAUGUCCUUGGAGCCGACAUUGAUGCCAUAAGCUCUCAGCUAAAUCAAAGUUUGACCUCCCUCAAGUUGCACAAAAUCUGGGCGCGGACCACACUCAGACUGAGUGACGCUAGCUAUGAGCUCGAAUUCGCAAAUUCUUCCUUCUGUUGUGUUGAAGUCGGGGGAAAUCGUCUCCUGGUUAGUGUCGUGAAUCAUAGCAGGGCAUCUGUUGCGUCUGCACCCCGAAUUGACAUGUCCAUUUGCAAAAAUUCCCGCCUUAGUGACCGUCUUCUAUCCCGCGAAGCUUGGGCCAAUCUUCCGACGGGCGCCCCGAAGAUAUGUGCAGCGGCCCUCACACUAGAUUUUCUCCUCAUGGAUGUAUACAUGCAACCCGCGAGCUCCUUUAAUGGUCUUUGGUUGUUAGUCCCGCCGGAAUCCCAGCGCAUUCAAACUUACCAUAUGCUCUCAAAUAUUCGUCACAAAAACAGCAGUAUUCCCCAGGGAGAAGACUCGGAAAUCACUCUCCAGUUUGAAGAAUGCGAGGAGAUUUUGCAAGAAGUGCAACACGUUACGGAGGCGGUUCUAUUCCUCCUCGCAGCUCUCAACCUGGCCUCCUCGUCUUCUCCCAGCCAGCCAAACUUCGAGAGUCUCCACGGACUGCGAUAUCUGAGGCUCAGAGAGACAUGCUCACAGCGCCGCCUGAAUUGCGAGCGGAGAAUCGAGCGGAUCAAUCGGACUCUGGAAACGCGGAACAAACUUCUGAACAUCCAUGAGUCUACGAGCGUGAAGAGAUUGACCAUCCUCGCGGCGGUGUUUCUCCCUGCCUCCCUGGCUUCGUCCUUUCUCAGCAUGUCGCAACGGUUUCACGAGCUCGAUCUCAUCCUCUUCGACUGGCUGGGCGUCUUCGUCCUCGUUAGCUCGGUAACCAUCGUCCUGUACUUUGCCGUUAAGGUGAUAUUGCACGUCAAAUCGAAAACCCGCCUAGCAUACUGGUCGCCAGCGGCUCUCUGGGCGUUCGACCGCGAGCCUUGGCUGAGAAUAGUGGCACCUUUCCAACUCUUGGUUUACCUCCUCAUCUGGGCCGUUGUCCUGGCCUGUUUUGUGUUGGGCAUGUUUCGGAGCCCCAGCCUUGGUGGUAAAGUUUUGGGCUAUGGGAUUGCCGGUGUCUUGGGUUUCGUUGUCCUUAGCGUGAUAGCCUUUUUUCUUAUCCCUUUCACGGGUUUAUUGGAUGGUGACUGA